AUGUCAGCCCCAGCAUCGGAUCCCCCUCCUCCACCUCAAACCCCGGGGAACGGCGACAAUAAGCCAGAGGAAGUCGCUGUAUCCACUUCCAACGGAGAGAAUCAGGAUACCAUCCCAUCAGCAGACGCACCCGCCGCUGCUGAAGACGUUCAGAUGGAAGAAGAAAAGACGAAAGAGGAUGAUUUGGAAGAUAUACCAGAAGGAGUGCUGAGUUCCGAUACUGCUGAUAUCAAGAUGCAAACGCGUAUGAUCGACAAUGAGAUCAAGAUGAUGAGGCAGGAGUCGUUGAGACUGGGACAUGAGAGGGAGCAGAUGACUGAUAAGAUUGGUGAUAACAUGACAAAGAUCAAGCAAAACAAGGUGUUGCCUUAUCUGGUAUCGAAAGUGGUUGAGAUUUUAGACGUUGAUGCUGAAGAACAAGAGGGAGCCGCUCAUAACGAGCAAAAUGCCAAGAAAUCCAAAUGCGCUGUGAUCAAGACGUCAACCAGACAAACCGUUUUCUUACCCAUCAUUGGUCUUGUUCCUUACGAAGAAUUACGUCCAAGUGACCUGAUCGGUGUCAACAAGGACUCAUAUCUAAUCCUCGACAAAUUACCUGCUGAAUAUGAUGCACGAGUCAAGGCGAUGGAAGUUGAUGAGAGACCAACGGAGACUUACACAGAUAUUGGUGGUUUAGACAAACAGGUUGAGGAGUUGAUUGAAGCUAUUGUGUUGCCUAUGCAACAGGCCGAUAAAUUCAAGACCCUCGGUAUCACCCCACCCAAAGGUUGUCUGAUGUAUGGACCUCCUGGUACCGGUAAAACCCUUCUUGCUCGAGCCUGUGCUGCUCAAACAAACGCAUGUUACCUAAAACUUGCUGGUCCCGCUCUUGUACAGAUGUAUAUCGGUGAUGGUGCCAAAUUAGUCAGAGACGCCUUCGAAUUAGCCAAAGAGAAAGCUCCUGCUAUCAUUUUUAUCGAUGAGUUGGAUGCUAUCGGUACAAAGCGAUUUGACAGUGAUAAGUCGGGCGAUCGAGAAGUACAGAGGACGAUGUUGGAGCUGUUGAAUCAGCUGGAUGGUUUCUCGAGUGACAGUCGGAUCAAGGUCAUUGCUGCCACAAAUCGAAUUGAUAUCCUCGAUCCUGCUCUUCUCCGAUCAGGUCGAUUAGAUCGAAAGAUUGAGUUCCCCUUACCUAACGAAUCAGCCAGAGAACGUAUCUUGCAGAUCCACUCCAGAAAGCUCAACCAUCACGGUGUCAACUUCGAGGAGCUGGCAAGAUCAACAGAAGAUAUGAAUGGUGCUCAGCUCAAGGCGGUAUGUGUAGAAGCGGGAAUGUUGGCGUUACGUCAAAAUGCUACCCAGUUGUCUCACGAACACUUUCAUGGAGGUAUCCUCGAAGUACAAGCUCGUAAAGCCAAGGAGCACCACUACUUCGCAUAA